UGUGGAACAUAUCUCUGUAAAUCUUCCCUAAAAUUACCCAAAGGCAUAUAUUCCGCCUGUGAUGGACCCUCGGAAUACUGCUAUGUUAGGCUUGGGUUCUGAUUCUGAAGGGUUUUCUGGGAAAAGCCCCUCUGUAGUAAACAUUGGCACGUUGGUGGGAAAAGGAGAAGUAGAGCUAGAAAGUUGCACCAAGGAAGAAGACGACAGUAAGAAAAAGAAUCGGGAGGGGAAUAGUACUGAGAAUGGGAAGAAUGAGGCUCUGACUGAUGCACAGCAACAGUUUUCAGUGAAAGAAACAAACUUUUCGGAGGGAAACUUGAAACUGAAGAUUGGUCUCCAAGCAAAGCGAACUAAAAAGCCUCCCAAGAACCUUGAGAAUUAUGUGUGCCGGCCUGCUAUAAAAACCAGCAUCAAGCAACCAAGAAGGGCACCGAAGAGUGGGAAGAUGACAGAUGAGAAGAACGAGCACUGUCCUUCAAAACAAGACCCUUCAAAGUCGUACAAGAAAGCUGGAGAAGUUGCAUCAGUUGAAUUACAUGUGGAAGAAGGUAUACAAGUAGAAACAAAUCCUUUAUCUAAGAAAGUUACCCCCUUGCACUCUGAAAUGACAGAUUAUAUAAAGUCAUCUCCUCCGACCCUUAUCAGUAGCCAUAAUUCUGACUUAAAGGAUAGAACACAAAUUAAUGGAGCAACAACGGUAACAGAAAAAUUGGCUCAACUUAUUGCAACUUGUCCUCCUUCAAAGUCUUCCAAAGCAAAGCAAAAGAAGCCUGGAAAUGGAACUGCGCCUGGUUUGGUUAAAGACUCUGGGAAGAAGCUACCAGGAACCAUAACUGCGAGUGGGUUAGUUAAUAAAGAUUUAGUAAAGAAAUUGCCAGGGUCUGGUCUUGCUGUUGGAUUGGUUAACAAAGACUCAGGGAAGAAGCCAUUAGGGAUUGGUAGUGCAGCCAUAUUGGUUAACAAGGACUCUGGGAAGAAGCCACAAGGGAUUGGCCCAUUAAUUGGAUUGGUUAACAAGGACUCUGGAAAGAGGCUGCCAGGGAUCAGCGCUCCAACUGGGUUAGUUAACAAGGACUCUGGAAAGAAACAGCCAGUGACCAGCUCUGCAGUUGGGUUAAUCAGCAAAGAUGUUGGGAGAAAACUUCCGGGUAUUGGCACUCCAACUGGGUUGUCUAGUAAGGAGUCUAUCAAGAAGCCAGUAGGGAUUGGCAGUCCAGCAGGAUUGAUUAAUAAGGAUGCUGGGAAGAAGUUGUUGGGAAUAAAUAGUCCUACAGGAUUGGUUAACAAGGAUUCUGGGAGAAGGAUGCCAGGGACUGGCACUAUGACAGUUCUGACUAACAAAGACUCUGGAAGGAAGACACCAGGGAUUGGCAGCCCAGUGGGACCAGUUAACAAGGACUCUGGGAGGAAGAUGCCAGGAAUUAGCAGUCCAGUGGGAUUGGUUAGCAAGGACUCUGGAAAGAAGCCCACAGGAAUCGGCAGUCCGGUUGGUUUGGUCAACAAGGAUUCUGGAACUCUGAAAGCAGACUCUCUUAUGCCUGCCUCGGAGCCCUUUAAGCUUCCUUGCAAUUCAAACCUCAGUAGCCUUGAAAGCCAUGAGACUACAGAUUUACUGAAGGAAAAUAGUACUAGCAAAACAUUUGAGAAGCAUAUUAUGAGACAGAAUAAAGAAAGUAUCUUGGAAAAAUUUUCAAUUCGGAAAGAAAUUGCUGAUGUAGGCAAAGAGAUGUUUAAUGAAGGAAUCUGUGUUCCACAGGAUGCUUACUCAACCAGUGAAAAAGGGAUUUAUGAAACAUCUAAGCAUGAAAAACAGCCUCCAGUAUAUUGCACUUCACCAGACUUCAGAACAGGAGGUGCUUCAGACGUAUCGACAGCAAAGUCCCCAUUUAGUGCAGUAGGAGAGGGAAACCUCCCAUCGCCUUCACCCACGGUGUCUGUUACGACCUUAAACAGGAGCCUCUCAACAGCUUCUUCACAGUUAGCAUCCAACUCAUUGCAUUUAAGUUCCACAGCAGAUCUCUUAGAAGGCAUUUCAGAUCAGAUUGGCAAAACUCAGUUUUCUUCUGACAGUACGCUUCUGAAUAUAAACAGAACAUUGAACCAUACUCUGAGCACUGAUUUUAAAGGUGCUGAUAAAGAUUUAAAUGAUUCAAAAGCUACUUAUGUGGAAACUUCAAGAACUAGUCCUUCUACAGGGAAAAAGCCUAUUUUGGCAGCUGAAACAAGCAUUCAUGCUACUGUCACCCCUUCAGUAGUUAGUUUUACAAGCUUGUUUAGUAGCAAGCAGUUCCUAAAGAUUGGUGCAAUAGCUGCAUCAGAUAAAUCCUGCCAAGGAGCAAAAAAUCUGAGCACUACUCAGCAAUCAAAACCUUUAAAGAAAAGAAAAGGAAGGAAACCACGGUGGACUAAAGUGGUGUCAAGAAACACAUGUCGACCUCCAAAGGGUCUAGAACUAGAAAGGUCGGAGCUUUUUAAAAACAUUUCAUACAGUGCACUAUCAAGCAGUAAUUUGGAGCAGGCCAAAUUCUUGAAAAACAUAGGAUCGUCUUCAUUUGUGGAGCAUGAAUUUGUCAAACAUCAGUUGCCAAAACUGAAUGAAGCUAAUGGACAGUCUCUGGCACUGUUAGCUGAGACUGACAAGCAAACUCAAAAGUUCUACAGUUCUCACAAACAACCCUCUAGUUUGUGUAUGUCAGAUGAUUUCCUACCUGACAUGUAUAAACCCAAAAGAGGAAGACCUAAAUCCAAGGAGAUGCCAGAGCUUGAAGGUCCCCCCAAAAGAACUCUAAAGAUCCCAGCAUCAAAAGUCUUUUCAGUGCAAUCAAAAGAAGAGCAAGAACCUCCAAUUUUGCAGCCUGAAGUAGAAAUUCCCUCCCUAAAACAGAGCUUAUCGGGACAACCUUUUCCUAAAAAGAGAGGGAGACCUAAAAGACAGAUCAGGUCAUCAAUUAAAAUGAAGCCACCUAUUCUUUCUGUGGCACCUUUUGUUGGAACAGAUAACUCGAGCAAGAUAGAGUCUGAAAGUGAUCAACAUCGAAGUGGGGAUUUUUUUGAGAGAAAGGACCAGCUCCGAGGGCCAGAAGAAGUCCAAAAUCCUAAUAUUUGUAGCAUGACUGAUUUGGAAGUAGACCCAGACAGAAAAGUUGCCAAGAGAAAUAAUGGACAGUUAAUGAAAACAAUUAUUCGAAAAAUAAAUAAAAUGAAAACUCUGAAGCGAAAGAAACUUUUGAAUCAGAUUCUCUCUAGUACAGUGGAACCACAUAACAAAGGGAAAGUACAAUCUAAACUCCACAAUACAGUGUCAACUCUUGCUGCUACAUUUGGUUCAAAAUUAGGCCAGCAGAUAAAUGUCAGCAAGAAAGGAACAAUUUAUAUAGGAAAAAGGAGAGGAAGGAAACCUAAAGCUGUCCUGAAUGGUAUUUUAACUAGCAGUUCUGCCAGUUUGACAGUUCUCGAGAAGUCGGCUCAACAAGCGCCUGGUACGUCACUAGGACAAGUACUUCCCCAUCUACUGCCUUCAGCAGCUAAUAAUUCCGAGAUUCUGCCAUCUCCAGUUUGCUCCCAGUCAUCUGCAGUGAGUGGGGGACAGAGCCCUGUCAGCAGCGAUGCAGGAUUUAUUGAGCCCAGCUCGGUGCCGUAUUUACACAUACACUCCAGACAAGGAAGUGUUGUUCAGACACUUGCGAUGAAAAAAGCUGCUAAGGGAAGGAGGAGAUUAUCUCCACCUACGUUGUUGCCAAACUCCCCUUCUCACUUGAGUGAGCUGACAUCACUGAAAGAAGCCACUCCUUCCCCAGUAAGUGAGUCUCACAGCGAUGAGACGAUUCCCAGCGACAGUGGAAUAGGAACAGAUAAUAACAGUACUUCAGAUCGAGCGGAGAAGUUUUGUGGGCAAAAGAAGAAAAGGCAUUCGUUUGAUCAUGUUUCCCUUAUUCCACCUGAAACUUCCACCGUUUUAAGUAAUCUAAAAGAGAAGCAUAAACACAAAUGUAAGCGCCGCAGCCACGAUUACCUUAGUUAUGACAAAAUGAAGAGACAGAAGCGAAAAAGGAAAAAGAAGUACCCUCAGCUUCGAGGUAGGCAGGACCCAGAUUUCCUCGCCGAAUUAGAAGAAUUAAUAAGUCGAUUAAGUGAAAUUAGAAUAACCCACAGAAGUCACCAUUUUAUACCCCGAGAUCUACUGCCUACCAUUUUUAGGAUAAAUUUCAAUAGUUUCUAUACCCAUCCUACUUUUCCUUUAGAUCCUUUGCACUACAUUAGAAAACCUGAUUUAAAGAAAAAGAGAGGCAGGCCUCCAAAAAUGCGGGAGGCUAUGGCAGAAAUGCCUUUUAUGCAUAGUCUCAGCUUUCCUCUCUCCAGCACUGGGUUCUACCCCUCUUACGGCAUGCCUUAUUCUCCUUCUCCCCUUGCAGCUGCUCCCAUAGGCUUAGGUUAUUAUGGAAGGUACCCUCCAACUCUUUAUCCUCCUCCGCCUUCUCCUUCUUUUACUACCCCCUUGCCACCACCUUCCUACAUGCAUACAGGCCAUUUGCUUCUCAAUCCCACCAAAUAUCACAAGAAGAAGCAUAAACUUUUACGCCAGGAGGCUUUCCUCACGACAAGUAGGACUCCGCUCUUGUCGAUGAGCACGUACCCGAGUGUUCCACCUGAAAUGGCUUAUGGCUGGAUGCUGGAACAUAAGCAUAGACAUCGCCAUAAACACAGAGAACAUCGUUCUUCUGAACAACCGCAGGUUUCCAUGGACACUAUAACAGCUAAUAGCUCUUCUAGAACAGUUUUGGAGUCCUUGAAGCGCUACAGAUUUGGGAAGGAGGCUGUUGGUGAGAGAUACAAACAUAAAGAGAAACACAGAUGUCACAUGUCUUGUCCACACCUGUCACCUUCAAAGGGUUUGCUAAGCAGAGAUGAACAGUGGGUCAGGAGAGAGCCUUCGGAGUCUAAUUCAUUAGCACUGGGAUUGCAGACACCGCUACAGAUAGACUGUUCAGAAAGUUCCCCAGGUCUGUCCCUGGGGGGAUUUACUCCGAGCUCUGAACCAGCCAGCAGCGAUGAACACACGAAUCUUUUCACAAGUGCAAUAGGCAGCUGCAGAGUCACAAACUCUACCAGCACCAAUGGACGUAAAAAAUUAACUGACAGCCCUGGACUCUUCAGUGCACAAGACACCUCCCUAAAUCGACCUCUCAGAAAGGAACCGUUGCCUUCUAUUGAAAAGGCACUGCAGCCACUGUCAGGACAGGGUCGGGGCAUGCAGUCGGACUCUGGCGGGAGGUGCACGUACCUUUCUGUGCCUUCGGGACGGUACGUCCAGGCGGGAAAACCCGCCUCGGCCCAGGCGAGCGCGUUGUAUCUCGAUCGCCAGCCCGACGGUUCCGCGCCACGUGGUCGCGUCCGUGAACGCACCGGCGCGUACCUGCCCGAGGUGUGA